AUGUUGCAAUUUUAUUUUCACAAGAGUAGUAUAUCUAUCUAUCUAUCUAUCUAUCUAUCUAUCUAUCUAUCUAUCUUUGAAAUCUAUCUAUCUAUCUAUCUAUCUAUCUAUCUAUCUAUCUAUCUAUCUAUCUAUCUAUCUAUCUAUCUUCCUUCCUUUCAGAAUACCUCUUUCUUUCAUUUUUCUUUUAACUCUCCUUUUCUCUCCUUUGUUUUUCUCUCUCUCUCUUUCUACCAUCGUUUCUUUCUUUUCGCUCAGUUUUACAUAUCUGUUUCUUUAAUUCUAUUUCUAUCCUUCUCUUUCUUUUUCUUUUAUUUGUUCCUCCUUCACUGUCUCAUCCUCUCUCCCUUUUUUGCACCCUCUUUCACUGUUUGGUUUCUAUAUUCUAUUUUCUGUCUUUUGUUAUUUUGUUGUCUUUUUCUCACUUUUUCCUUCGUUUCUCCUCUCCCACACGUCUUAUAUUACUUCCUUUUUUAUUUCCCUAAAUUUUAUCCCUCUCUUUAUAUUUAUAUCCUGUCUUUAUCACACAUAUUUUUCUAUUUCUUCUGGGAGGCUUUUCUCUCUUUAAUCACUGACUUGUUCGGUGACUCUCUGCUUGCUGCUUUGUCUGUUUCUUUCUCGGAAGCAAUUACUUUUCAUACAUAUGUUCUCUCACUCAUCUCCCAUUUUCUCCUUCUACUUUGUUUAUUUUUCUUUCUCUCUUCUUUCUUUUUCUUCUACAGACUGAAGUUGAUCAAAGAUCAACAAUGCGUUCAGUUAAAUCAAUUAAUAUUUCGCUUGUUCUUUCUCACAUACCUUUCUCUAUCUAUUUAUAUGUUCUUUCUCAUUGUGUUACCAUUCUUUCUUCACGGCCCAUUCCAACAUCUUUCUUUCUACAUUCCAGAAUAUUUCUUUUUUUUCUUAUUUUUUUUUGUAUUUCAGAAUCAAUCAAUCAUUCUUUCUUUCUUUCUUUCUUUCUUUCUUUCUUUCUUUCUUUCUUUCUUUCUUUCUUUCUUUCUUUCCCCCCACCACUUCUUUCUUUUUAAUUUUGCCCACACUCCUUUAUUUUUUUUCUUAUUAGAUUUCGGAAUCAUUUAUUUCUUUUUAAGUUUUAUUUCGGAAAAUAUUUUUUUCUCUCUCUUCUUCUCUUUCCUUUCUUAA